GAAUUUUCCAUAUUCACAUUGAUGGAACAUUUUCAAUGAAAAUUUGUCAACACGCCAACUGUCCCUCUUUAUUGCGUUAAAAACGGUAACUACAUCAGCUGGAUCGGUAUUCGGCGAGAAAUACGAUCACAAAAAUUCUUUGAAUUUUCUCAAAUUCCUAUAACCCUAACAAAAAUAAUUAGGAUCAAUUUAGGGUUAGGGUUUUGAGGGAUUUAUAUUGAAUUUGAAUUGAUAAAAUGACGAGGAUGGCGAGGAGUUGUAUGCAGUCAUUGUUGAAAGUGGUGAAUUCGUUGAUUGGAAUGGUAGGGAUUGCCAUGAUUUUGUAUGCACUUUGGAUGUUUAGGGUUUGGCAUAAGCAUAUGGAUCCCUCUCCUCCACCUUUCUUUGGUCCUGAUGCCCCUGCUCCCUGGUUCAUUUACGCAACACUUGGUCUUGGAAUAACUUUGUCCAUUGUCACUUGCUCGGGUCAUAUUGCUGCAGAGACUGCUAAUGGCUGUUGCUUAUAUAUUUACAUGGUUUUCAUCAUCCUACUUCUCAUGAUAGAAGCAGCUGUGACGGUAGAUGUAUUCCUAAACAAAAAUUGGGAAGAGGAUUUCCCUGUGGACACGACUGGGAAUUUCGAGGAGCUCAAACACUUCAUGAAAGAUAACUUUGACAUCUGUAAAUGGAUUGGCUUGUCAGUAGUGACUGUGCAGGGGCUAUCUAUAUUAUUGGCAAUGAUCCUCAAAGCUCUAGGACCACAUCAGGAAAGGUAUUAUUAUGAGAGUGAUGAUGAGUAUAUCCCCGACAGAGUCCCACUAUUGAAGAAUUAUGUUCCUUCACCGUCUUAUGUUGUUGGCGACCCUAUGUAUGGACCUAAGAAUGAUGCUUGGAAUAUCAGAAUUAACAGCAAGGCAAACAGAUGAGCUCCUAGUUCAGCUAGUCGAUCAGCAAAAACUGAAGUUGCAAUACAAUUGUUUGCACUGUGCAAAUUUACGUGUAAAGUUGAAAGUGGAAUUUACAUGCUUCCUAACUGUAGUAGAAUUCGCGUAAACUUGUGCAGUUCUUGUAUAUUCUGCUACCAUGUAUUCUUACACUUGUUCGACAACGUGAUCAUUUAGCUGUCAAGAGUCCAAAAACGCCUACUCCAAUGGCCUUAUGUUUAUAUAUAAUAGCAGAAUCUUGAAGUUUACCAGAACAGAUAGUAAAGUCCUGCAGUAGGGACUCUCGUCAUUCUCUUGCUGGUACUGUGGAUGAACAAUAAAUUACACUUGUCACAAACAAUCAUACUUCUCAUUAUUAUAAGUAAAAGAGAUCUUCUGAAGUAGUACUAA